AUGGUACUGCAAAGUGCGCUUCUUAAUGUGGCACCCGCCGCGACCAAGAUUUUGCCUACCACGUCGUCUGCUGUAAAGUUUUUCUCUUCUUACCAAGACCAUUCGAAUCUAUUAGUCUUGUCCGGAAAAUUGUGGCGCAGAUCGCAAAUCAACGGGUCUAUUACUCUUACCUGCGUACCACAGAUACGGUCUCUAAAAUUUUUGGCAUCAUCCGAUACAACUAUAGGCAUCACCCAUGCCUUCGCGAAAGGCGACUACAAGGGUCCACUUGGCCCAAAAUCUUAUCAGCAACAUUCCAGCUUCAUACUGCCAACCCUAGGAACUUCAAACAAUUAUUUCGGAAAACGUGCAUUUGGUACUUUUCAUCCAGAGCAUCAUAUCCCACUGAUAUCACCCGCAAGACAUCGAACAGUUAAAACAGCCACUUCUCUGUGGGUCUAUCAGCACAGCCGUACUCUAUUUGGAAGGGCUUCGAGAAAUACCCUUGCGCUGUUGGAAGAAUCAGCCAACAAGUAUCCUAAUGAUGCCAAUAAACAAUCUGUCUUUUACCAGGCCUUAGCUCGAGCAAAUGCACCUGCUAUCAUAAUCGAGCGGCAUCAAAGUAAAAAGUUUGCGUCAAACUCAACUUGCGAAGCACUCUUUCACCAGGCUCUUGGCUCCCUGAGCUCAUCCGGUGUGCCAUCAAGCCUAGACCAUUCUACAUCUCAACCUGGAGAAACCCUAAAUGCUGCACAAUUACAGGCUGUCGGCCAAGCGCUGGCAGCAAAGUCUCAAGGUGGAAAUAUCGCCCUUUCGCGAAGUCCAGUUUCUGGCAGUGGUCGAAAAGACUCGCCCCUCUAUGUUGUGGUAGAAGAAAGUAUCGGCGUUCAGCUCUUCAAGUGGUUUAAAUUUCUGGCUCUCUUCGGUUUCACCGUAUAUCUAAGUCUUGCAAUCGUCACCCUAGUAAUUGACUCCCUUCAGUCCUUGAAAAAAGUUGGAGGAAAGGUAGAUAAUGAAGCCAGGGCUGAACAGCAAAAUGUGCGAUUUUCAGACGUUCAUGGCUGCGACGAGGCCAAGGAAGAGCUCCAGGAGCUUGUUGAUUUCUUGAAGAAUCCUGAAAAAUUUUCGAGUCUUGGUGGAAAACUCCCAAAGGGUGUAUUAUUAGUUGGCCCCCCCGGCACUGGAAAGACUUUGUUGGCUCGCGCUGUCGCUGGCGAGGCUGAGGUACCAUUCUUCUUCAUGUCCGGAAGUGAGUUUGAUGAAAUUUAUGUCGGUGUUGGCGCAAAACGUGUGCGUGAACUUUUCACCGCCGCCAAAGCCAAGUCUCCCGCAAUAGUAUUCAUCGACGAGCUUGAUGCGAUAGGAGGUAAGCGGAGCGCCCGUGACUCUAAUUACGCGAAGCAAACUCUCAAUCAGCUACUCACGGAACUUGAUGGAUUUGAUCAAUCUAGUGGCGUUAUAAUUCUCGGUGCGACAAACUUUCCUGAAUCACUCGACAAGGCUCUCACACGACCGGGAAGAUUUGACCGUAACGUGGUAGUGGAUCUACCUGAUGUCCGUGGUAGAAUGGCUAUCCUGAAGCACCACAUGAAGAAGGUCAUCGCUGCCAACGAUGUAAGCAUUGAGACCCUAGCUGCCGGGACACCGGGAUUUUCAGGUGCAGAGCUCGAGAAUAUCAUUAACCAGGCUGCUGUACGCGCAAGCAAGGCGAAAUCUUCCGAAGUUUCUAUGUUGGAUUUUGAAUGGGCUAAGGACAAGCUCUUGAUGGGCGCUGAAAAGCGAAGUAUGCUAAUUCCUCAAAAAGAAAAAGAACUCACCGCGUAUCACGAAGCAGGACAUGCUCUAGUCCUCAUGUUCACGCGUGGAGCAAAUCCACUUCACAAAGUCACCAUCAUGCCUCGGGGACAAGCCCUAGGCGUAACAUUCCAUCUUCCUGAGAUGGACAAGUAUUCCAAGACAGUUGAAGAGUAUCGCGCUACUAUUGAUGUCUGUAUGGGAGGGAAGGUUGCUGAAGAGCUCAUCUUCGGCGCCGAAAAUGUCACGAGUGGCUGCUCAAGCGACUUGACCCAGGCUACACAGGCUGCCUAUGCCAUGGUAGCUAGUUUUGGAAUGUCAGAAAAGUUGGGACACGUUGAUCUCGCAACUAACUACGAUAACCUAUCAGCCGGGACUAAACAACUCGUGGAGUCCGAAGUGCGCCAGACACUUGAGGAUGGCUAUGAUCGCGCGAAGAAGCUGAUACAUAGCAAAGAAAAAGAACUCCAUCUUCUGGCCAAAGCUCUUCUAGACUAUGAGAUGCUAGAUCGCGACGAAGCUUACAAGGUCAUUAAAGGGGAGAAACUGGAAGGCAAGCUGAUUGUUCCUAGUGGCUCAAUUAAGAUUCCAGAUAUGAGUAGUGUUGGUCUACCGACUGAUCUGCCUCCCCUGUCCGGGGCCGUUAUGCAAUCGCCAAGCGCAAAAGAGCCACCACAGGAGGACGAAGCGGCCUAA